AUGACGAAAAUAACAGAUGCAGCAACGAGACAGGCAGUUCAAAGUGCCUAUGACGCCGUUAGAGCAACUGUUGUGGAAAGUCAAGAAAAAGAGUUACAACAGACCAAAACAGACCUAGUAAAUGCUUUCUUAAAAACGAAAAGUCAGGUAGGACAUUAUGCUGCAGAUGGAACAUAUGUACCAGCUGGUGGAACUUAUAUACCAGCUGGUGGAACUUAUAUACUAGCUAGUGGAACUUAUAUACCACCAAACCCUCCAAGAGAAGCACCCGCACCGGGACUACCUAAAACAUUUACAUCGUCACAUGGACACAGACACAGGCAUGCACCAAAACCAACACAACAACCAACAGUUCAAAAUCCAGCACAACAACAACAACCAACACAACAACCAACAGUUCAAAAUCCAGCACAGCAACCAACAGUUCAAAACCCUGCACCUGCACCACCUCCACAACCAGCACAGCAACCAACAGUUCAAAACCCUGCACAACAACAACCACAAACAGAGCAAGGACAUAAAAGAAGUAGAGAACAAGGAAACCAAGAAUUCUUAAAAAUGCUUAAGGAAAAUUAUGGUUACCCAGAUACUCUUGACUUUAGUGACAGAUAUAAAGAAGCUAUUAGAAAGUUCAAGGAAGGAAAUACAGACCCGAACCUAUUUAGCUUUAUGGUUCAGCACCAAAUGGGAUAUAAUUUCAAACCUGGAAAAUACAAGCUCGCUAAGGGAUAUGAUUUAAUAGCAUAUCAUCCAAAUGACAUGAAUGAAUUUACUCCGAGAUAUUUGGUGUCAGAGAUAAAUGAUAAUUCAACUAUCUUCAUGAAACGCGUAAAAAAUAGAGACGGAACGAAAGAACAAAGGCUUAUGAAUGCGGAUGACUUAAAUAGGGAACUUGUUGAAAACGGUCUCGGAAUAUAUGAAAUGCCAGCAGAUGAGGUACAAGAAACUCCACAGGAAGAAGUUCAGAUACAACCAGACAUGGAAGAAAUAGUUCAGCAACAACAGCUAGAAGAGCCUGAAGGAAACGAACAA